AUGUCGUCGUCAAAGGAAGCAGGAGGAGGCAAGCGGAAGCGCGUGUCGCGGGCAUGCGACCAGUGCUUCCUCAAAAAGGACCGGUGCGAUGGCGAGUUGCCCGUCUGCACGUUUUGCAAGCAGCUCGAGCGCAGCUGCACGUACCUGCGACCGGAACGCAAACGUGGUCCCACGCAAGGGCUGCGGCCGAAACUCGAACAACACAUCGCGGCGCUCGAAGCCACUUUGGGUUACGUCCUCGCUCAAUCUGCCGCCAGUGUGGAUGUGAGCGCGUUGCAAGCGGCGUCGGACGCACAGCGCAGGGUGUGGAGGCAAGAGUGGCUCGCCCAUCCGGUGUGCUCCAAGUUGGCGCUCAGCGAUACACCAAGCCCAGUCAAGAAGGAGGAUGAAGAAGAGCAGGAGUCGGACGUGGAUCUCGCACUGCCGCCCGAACACACUGCGACUGUGCGUGGGGAAGAGGAGGUCGGGGAGAUGCCACGAGCGUCGUCGGGCAAGGGCGGAAGCUCUUUGCGCGGCCUGGUGCCCAGGGGUACGGAUCCCAACGCAGCUCUCGGUGGAUUCGAGAUCCAGUUCGGUGGCAACCAGACCGACGAAGACUGGGUACGAACAUUCACGCGGCCUCGAUAUUCAUCAUCAUCACCACCGCCACGUCUGGCGUGA